AUGGCAGAUAAAGAGACUACCAAUAUGACUUCCACCCCUUCCAAAGUGAAUAUCACCUCAUCCGACGGCAAUCCCCCUAGUGUGGGCGAUGACUGGAAGAUGGACGAUAUUUUCAAGGAAAACACGAGUGGAAGCCUGCUCAUCGGAGGAUAUCGUUUCAAAGACGAUACGUUAAUGUAUGAUACUCAAACGCAAAGAACCGUCUUCUUCCAGAAAGAUCAUGGCUGGGAUGCAUUCUCAGGUUUAUGGAACAAGGGGACUGAGUACAAUCCUAACAAUCUGCGAUUAAUCAAAAAACGCAGAAAAUAUGGGUUCUUCAGAAGUAUACCCGAUGAGAUGCUUGAUUCCGAUGACGAGAUGCCGGGUACUUUUCCUGGAACACACGAGCAAUACAAGUCGAAUGUUUAA